GUUCCAUGUUAGGGCUGGCAUUCCCAGGAAUACGCGGGCCAGCGUUGCGUGGGCAUAUGUUAUCACGUGAUCAUGAUGAGGACUGCGGCAGACCCAGGACUGCGCAGGGACGGGCAGUGCGACUCUGCGCCAACUUUAACCUCGCCGUCCUUAAAUCCUUUCCCCUCCUCCCUAAUCCCGUCUGUCCUGUUUGUAUUGCUGUUGUUGCGGCCGUCUUUCCCUCGUCCGUCUCGUCUCGCCCUUCUGGCCUCUGUGUUCUGUCGAGUGUGGCAUCGCCUCCCUCUUCUUACUCAUCCCGCCCCCCGUGUUGUGCCGACUUGGGCGUGGCUGGCAAUUCCCAAGCACCAUUCCCGUCUGCAUCGUGCGCGCCUCUUUGUCGUGCUGAUCCUUCCACCCCGGUCCGGCCUAUUGCGCAUUUUCACAUCUUGUACCUGGCGCAUAUCCUUCGCCUUUUUUUUCCUCCUUCGCCUUUUGCUGGCUUUCGUCCUCCUACUCCUUUUCCUCCUCAUCCGCCUCUGUGUCUCCCCGACCGCUGUCCUACGCCAACGUGAAGUGAGGCGGGUCCUUCCGAACGGACUAACUUUCGGCCUUUCCUCCCUGCGAGUCACUUUCGCGACUCUCCAGUUUCUAGCUCUCUCUUCUGGUGAUACACUUUCUUUUUUUUCUCUCAUUUGGCCGCUCUGCUGCGACACCUUUAGAGAGCUCGGUCUUUGCCUUAUCGGCGGCGUGCCCGUCGUGUUCUUUUGGUUUGAAAAAGGCUCCACGACCCCGAUCCCGAUCAUCGGGUCACGCCUUUUUCUCCUUCAAGCCCAACCUUCCCUCCCCUCCGUCCAGCGCGUUUCGCUAUUCCCCUUCUAAGGUGGGCUCUCGUUACCGCUGUACGGUGGAUGAGCGUUGGAAUUGUCAGCUUUUCUUUUUCCGCGUUCUACUCUGACGACAAGCAUAAGAAACGGUGGCUGGGCAUCUAGUCGCCACUAUGAACCACAUGAAUGUAGUUGGGAUGAACCCCGGAGCAGGAGGCCCCGUCGGUGGUGUCCCCAUGAUGAGUAACGGCUCGAUGCUUCCUCGCAAUGAUGGGAACCCGAAUAACGGCCCCGAAAGUGUGAUUAACAACCUGAAUACAUAUAUUUACGACUACUUUUUGAAACGAGGCUAUUACGACUGUGCCAGGGCUCUUGUGCAAGAUGAGUCGAUCAAGCUCAACACAGAACCCAAUCAUAAGACGAGUCCUGGUCAUCGUCGCGAUGGUGAAGUGAACGGCGUUGAUAACGACGCGAUGAUGACUGACGCUAAGGACGGAGACAAACCGAAAAUUCCAGAUGAUCUCCCACGGCCGAGCCUUUCCAGUGAAAGUCAACAGUCAUCCUUCCUCCUGGACUGGUUUAGUCUUUUCUGGGAUUUCUUCUGGGCCCAGCGGAAGAAGGGAAACAGUAACGAUGUUAGACAGUACCUCCAACACACCCAGAACUUGAUGCGCCUCAAAGAACAGCAGCACAAUAACCUAUUCCGCCAACAACCUAUGAUGCCUGCGCAGAUGGGCCAACUCCCCAUGCGUCGGAACAUGGUUCCUAACUUGCAGAAGACUGUGCUGCAAAAUAAUACGCCUGGCUUCUCCCAGCAACAACUUGCGCAGUUCCAGAAAAACCAAGUCAUGAUGCAGCAAAUGCAAAGAGAACAUUCGGAUAUGGAUAUGAAUGGUCAUCGCCCACAAUCACCUGCGUCCGCUGAAACUGCCCCGUCUCCAUCGAAACGACCUCGACUAGAAGGUGCUCAUAUGAAUGGACAGCAAUUGGCGCCUAACGGACGCGGCCAGGGACAAACUGUUCCCGGUCAGCCAAACCCGCAACAGGCACUGCUGAUGCGGAGUGGCAUAGAUCCUCGAGCAAUGAAUCCCGCUCAGUUCCAAGCAUUCCAGCAGUCAAAUCCGGCUGCACAGCAGAAAUCCAUUCAGGUAUAUGCUCAGAACCUGGCUCUCCAUCACUCCCGCUCAGCGUUGAAUAACCAGGGCAUGCCAAAUGGUCUGAUGAAUCCCGGUGUCAUGCCGAACCAGGCCGAUCUGGUCCCUAUGCCAGACGGCCAGGGUAUGUACCCGAUGGGGGAUUAUUAUGGCGCGAACGGACAGCAGCUGGCCCAGCUUCGGGCCGGAGUGCAAACACCGGGGGGUCAACACGGCAAUCACGCUCUCCAGGAUUACCAAAUGCAGCUCAUGCUUCUCGAACAACAAAAUAAACGGCGCUUGAUGAUGGCACGACAGGAGCAGGACAGCAUCACACGGGACGGUCAGCCGCCAGUUCCUGGACAGCCUAUGCCGCCAGGAGCCAUGCAGGGCAACAGAACCGGCACUUCUCCUAAUCCGGGCGAUCAGAUCAAACGCGGCACGCCGAAGAUGCCUCAGGCGGGUCUUCCUGGUUCUCCAAGUGCUGGGGAGCCUCUUACACAGAACCGUGGUUCUCCUGCCGCUAUGAAUUUUAAUGGUACACAAAUGCCUCCCGAAAUGUCUGCUCCUGCCUUCUUUGUAAAAGGCCCCGAGGGCAUGGUAGGUCCGAAUGGUAUGCGACCACCAAGUUCAAAUCCUCCGGGCGGUUAUAGUGGUCCUCAGAUGAAUCAACCGAUCCCGGCACCUGGUAAUCGGAUGCCCGGUGCCAAUUGGCAGGCACAGCAGCAAGGCCCUCAGGGCCAGGCGAUGCCACCGCAGCAGUCGCCGGUGAAUCAUCAGCAACCCACAGGUACACAAGAGCGGGCUGCUAUGCCCCCUCCCCAGGCUCCGACGGCGGCAGGAGCCGGUGCAGGCCGAGCAUCUCCCCAAACGGGAGCUGCCGCGCCUCCCACGCCACAGCAGGCAAACAAACCCGCGCCAAAGAAGAAGGAAACCAAAGACAGUAGAAAGCGGCCUUCAAAGAAGGCAACUGCUGCGGCUAACGCGAAUACCGCGGCCACUCCCUCCUCCGAAGCAGAACCUCCUCCAACCCCGACACCUUCGACCCCGAUUACUUCUCAGAAUCCCAACUCGUUCAACAAAACCGCCGGUAACGCGACAAGUGCCCCUCAGCAGCCAACCUCUGCGCCUGCUCCGCAAUCGUUGGUGCAACAGCCUGACCAGAACCAACCAGCAUUCAAUGACCUUAACCUCCCUGAUACAUCGUCUUUCAAUCUUGAUUUCAGCACUCUAGAGAACUCGGAUAUUCUGGAAAACUUCGACUUCGAUACCUUCCUAAAUACUGAUGAUACCACUUCGUUUGGAUUCGAUCCAAGCCUUACUUAUUCCGCAGAUGGUGUUGAAACUGGCGCAGGAGAAGGCCUGUAAUCAAAUCUUUUCCUUGAUCAUUGUUCACUUACCUUUCUUCAUUUUUAAACAUUAUAUUAUACCCUAGUCCUUGUUUCAUAUAUUUCUUAUUACACUUUGGCCUCUCAGCUUCCUAUUUCCUCAGUUUGCUCCUCUGUUUCUCUUCAUUUCACUUCUUCCCCCUCUCCUUCCUUCUCUGUGGACUUUUUUGGUACCAUUUAACUAUUAUUGAUAUUCUUUUCCCGCUUUCCUCUUGUUUUCUCUCUUCCCAUUUGGUGCGUCAACGACUGGUUGGAUAAGUGUCGUGUUGUGAAAUUGGCGUUGGUGCGUCCUUGCAUAUCUCUUUCCCGCCACCCGUUGCGAGCUAGCGAACAAGUUUGUUUUGCUACAUGUCUGUUGCCGCAGUGCCAUCACUGCUAUGGUUCUGUUUUUUCUCGAUCAAGUUACUCUUUUGGCUCAGCAGUACUUAGGCUUUCUAUCGUUUAAUACUUGGGGUUAUCUCAGGACGUGGCUUCUUUCCGUCCUUUUUUCUUUCUUCUCAAUACGAUGCCUGAUGCCUGUACGAUGCUACCAGUGCAUUAAUCCGGUAUUUAUUGGGCUCCUGGAAAUAGGUAUGUGCGAAUUGGGUGAAAAUGAAUAGGGGUGAUGUCUAUUUGAUUUAUUCCAUCCUACAUUCCCUUUUCCUUUAAUGUCUUUUAUGCCAUGGGCACACACAUGGGCACACAUAAUACGCCGGGAACACAGCGCUACUGAGUAGUUUUCUCAGAUUAGGUUUGUUUAGUUUUAUCAUUGCUAUGCAUUGGGUAUGUUAAUGAAUGAUGGCGCAACGUACAGCGACGGGUUUAGUACUGGCAACAUAAUAUGCUAUGUAAACUAUUAUCAUGAUCAUGUACAUGUACGAUUUUUUAAUUAUUUCUUUGCUUUUUUGCAAUGCUUUCAUGUAUGAUCAUUUAUUUACUGUCUAUUAUGAUAUUCCAUACUCCAUUCUGUGCCUUGGACGCAUCUUAUCUUAUUGUGAUUCUGGCAAGUCAUUCUCUUUAGUUUUAUUCAUCUCAUUUCCCUAUCGUCAAUUCCAUGUUUCGAUUAUAUUCGAUGGGGCUAAUAAUUCCCGGGUUCUGUUGAAUCAAAAGCGGCGGCAAUGUAAUGUCUUUUCUCGACAUGGUUACUCCUACAUCGUUCCAGUUUCCCUUUCCAUGUUGCUUGAUUCAACUAUUGGUUAUGGGGUUGCUAGUCA